AGUACCUCAAUUGAAGGCAGGAACCAUCUGGGGCCAACAUAGUCGAACCGAGGCGCACCCCACUGGUCCUCUAAUACCGUAUUCGAGAGUCGAGACGGCCACUAGGUGCAUCCUACGCACCCGGCGCAAGCUAAAAACGAUACCAAUAUCUCCCACCUGGAAUUUAAGUCGCCAUUCAUUAUUUCCUCACUGUUUGUAGAUUCUGAUUGCGGCUUAAACCCCAAAAGAUCUAUCUUUCAAUUCAUCAAUUUGCUCAUCUUCAAAUGAUGAUUGUCUAACAUAUAUGUACUUGCGUGUAUAUGUAAUUUUGCAUAUUUCAAGAUCUAUAGUCUUGAAAUAGGUGACCUUGGAAAGCUUGGCUGCACUAUUUGCGUGAAUUGCAAUGGCGGAUGAGGAAGCUGUUGAUCCAAAGAAGCUACUUGAAGAGGCUUGCAAGCCAAAAUGUGUGAAACAGUUAUUAGAGUAUCAGGUCAAGAUGGACAUGUGUCAAGACCAUAUAAAGAUAUUUCUGGCAUGUGUAAAAAGGAUCCAAGGCGAUGCAACUGGAAACAAGCACUGCACUGGACAAUAUUUUGACUACUGGUCUUGUGUUGACAAAUGUGUUGCACCAAAGUUGUUUUCAAAACUGAAGUAACGGGGGAAUUAAAAUCAGCUUCCUCUCAGGCAUUGACUAUUUUCUUUUCUACAAAUGGCCGAGUGCUUUUGAGUUUUUUACUUUGGAAAUUGUUAGUCAAAAAAAAAAAAAAAUUAUGUACCUAUUGAUGGUAACAUAAUUUAGUUGAGAGUUGAUCAUAAUUUAGUUAAGAGUUGUUAAUAAGAGAUUCAAAGUAUGAAACAGGAAAAUGACUAAGAUUUCAUCAUUGUAUUUUGAAUGCAUAAAUCAAGUUCAAUUCUAAAUUGAAAA